AUGGACCGGGACUAUGAAAACGCGUCGCUGAAUACCGUUUCCCCUUCUAACACUACCAACAUGGCCUCGGAGAAGCCAAGCCCCAGAGUCAAUCAUGCUGCCCAUACUGGCUCGAAGGGCCAGUCGCAGCAGGCCGAGGCCAGCGCCGCUACGGCGCUAGAGCACGAGCUGACUUUUCGCGAUGCCGUGAGGCUGUACCCCAAAGCCAUUGGCUUCUCACUAGUAUUCUCCAUGGCUAUUAUCAUGGAAGGUUAUGACAUGGCCCUCAUUGGUUCAUUCUAUGGUUACGAAUCUUUCCGCAACAAAUACGGCAAUCAACCAGCACCGGAUGGCGGGAAGGUAAUUUCUGCCGACUGGCAGACGUAUAUCCAAGUUGGCGGCAUGUGCGGCCAGAUCUUCGGCCUAUAUCUCAACGGCUGGGUAUCUGAUGCUAUUGGAUACAAGAAGACUAUGAUCAUGGCUCAGAUUCUUAUGGUUGCCUUCACGUUCAUUGUCUUCUUUGCGAAGAACAUCCAGAUGAUCCUUGCCGGACAGAUCCUCAUGGGUAUACCGUGGGGUGUCUUUCAAACCCUGACGCUGGCAUAUGCGUCCGAGAUUGCCCCUGUCGUUCUUCGGCCUUAUCUCACAGCCUAUGUGAACCUCUGCUGGGUUAUCGGGCAGCUGAUAUCAGCAGGAGUCCUGCGCGGGCUUCUCAAUUUAGACAACGAAUGGUCUUACCGGGUACCUUUUGCUCUUCAGUGGAUAUGGCCUCCAUUUAUCAUCCUUGGAACCAUUUUCGCACCCGAAUCGCCCUGGUGGUUGGUGCGUAUGGGCCGCCAUGAAGAUGCCAAACAGGCGAUUCUCCGACUUGUCAGUCCUCGGUCUGAUAUCAAGUUCGAUGCUGAUGCGCAAGUCUCAAUGAUUCACGAGACGAACGAACUUGAAAAGGCCACUUCUGCCGGUACUAAUUACUGGCACUGUUUUAUGAGGGCUGAUUUGAGACGAACUGAGAUCGCGUCUAUCACGUAUGUCGCCCAGGCUAUGUGCGGCAGUGUCCUCAUGGGAUAUUCUGUCCAAUUCUAUGAACGCGCCGGGCUGUCGCCCAACAACGCGUUUACUCUCAACAUCGUACAGUAUUCUGUCGGCGCGAUUGGAGUAAUUCUUUCGUGGUUUCUCAUGUCUAAAUACGGCCGCCGCUCCCUUUACAUCGCGGGCACAAGCGCACUUUUUAUAAUCCUUCUUGUCGUUGGCGGCCUCGGCUUUGCACCCCAGGACAAGGCUGGCCCUUCCUGGGCGAUUGGUAGUCUACUUAUCUUUUACACAUUCAUCUACGAUCUGGCUGUCGGCCCAAUUUGCUACACAAUUGUCGCCGAGAUCCCCUCGACGCGCCUCAAGGCAAAGACUAUUGUUCUUGCGCGCAACUUCAACAACAUGGCCGGCCUGGUCAACAAUACCCUCAUGCCGAGAAUGCUUGGUGUGCAUGCCUGGAACUGGGGUGCGAAAACUGGACUUUUCUGGGCUGCUUUUUGUUUUCUGAUCAUGAUUUGGGCGUAUUUUCGACUGCCGGAACCAAAAGGCAGGACGUUUGGAGAGUUGGAUGUUUUGUUUGAGCAUCGAGUCAGCGCACGCAAAUUCGCCAAGGCGCGUGUGGAUCAAUUUGGUGAUCGUACUGGAGCGGUUGAGGUUGAUGCACAUAAAUAG